AUGGCUAGUAAUGCUAGAGAAGACACACAAAGCAAUAGUGUUGCUCCAAAUGAUAAUGAAGUUGAAGUUCAAAGUAAUGCUAAUCCAACUUCAGAAACUCCACAAGCAACGGAUAAUGUCUCAACUCCAGAAGGAUCAACUCCUAAUGAAGGUGACAAUAAGACUCAUGUUAAGAGUGCUUACUGGGAGUAUUUUGAUCGUUUGAAAGUUGAAGGUGAAUGGAAGGCGAAGUGUAAGUUUUGCAAGACUGUGCUUAGUGCAAAUUCGAGGAAUGGUACCAAGUCAUUGCGGAACCAUGUGGAUCGAUAUUGCAAGAGAAUAAAGGUGGCAAACUCUAGGCAAUCAUCAAUUGUUGAAUCAUUGUCAAAACAAUCACAAAAGCAAAAAGUGAAUGAAGAUGGUUUUGUGUUUGAUCCUUCAUUUACAAGAAAAUGUGUUGCUAAAAUGAUUAUUUUGCAUGAGUAUCCUAUGAGUUGUGUGGACCACCAUGGAUUGAGGCGAGCUUUUGCUUUAAUGCAACCAACUUUUAAAAUGCCUAGUUGA